CUCAUGCAAUUACUGAAGAGAAGUCAAAAGGAAGCUGCCUACCUUGUGACCAACGUUAACUCAUUUGCAUUCCUUCUCAGAUAUAAUAUGUUGGUGGACGUUUGUCUGUUUACCUGUAAGACUUCCAUAUGUACAGGCAACAAAACUGCUGCAGGUUUUCAUUGCACCAAAUUUGGUUCAAUUUUGAAGAUUAUUUCUCUGAGUUAUUGGAUCCUGUGCUUCCUUUCUCUUUGAUUUAUUAUUCCAUCUUCCCAGCUAGGAACAAGUCUUGGAAGGAAUAGCGAAUUAUAAGCAAAUUAACUCAGAAAAAACAAAAUCCAUCACAGGUAAUAAAAAAGGGCUAACUCAAGCAAAUCCAGACAAGAUGAUUGCAUGUUUGGAAGUGAAGAGACGUGAAGAUAAUCAGACAUUUUUCACCAAAAAUGGAGGGCGUUUAUUAGAAGAGCUUAUUACCUUCUGUAAUGGCAAAUCUAAUCCUAUCCGUCAUUUCUCUGCAAAAGAGCUUCUGAGAGCAACAAACUGCUAUAAUACAAGCCAGAUUUUUGUGGAAGGUCGUGGUUAUAAGCUGUACAAAGGCUCUUUGAAGGACCGCCCAAUUUUUGUGAAAAAGUAUGACAAUCACAGUCUAUUGGGUGAUUUUGCGACCAAAGAUAUUGCCAUUGGAUCACAAAUGAGUGUUCACAAGAAUGUUUUAAAAGUUUUAGGAUGCUGCUUGGAGACCCAAAUACCAACUAUAGUAUAUGAAUUUGAUGACACAAAAAGUCUCUCAACAUUUAUCUCUGCUACUGAUGUUAAGCCUCUACCAUGGAAAUGCAGGUUGAAAAUAGCAACAGGUAUAGCAAAUGCAGUUGCAUAUCUCCACAAUGCAUUUUCUAGGCCAGUUAUCCAUCGGGAGAUUAAAUGCUCAAAUGUCAUAUUGGAUCAGAACAAUGUUCCCAAACUCAUUGACUUUGGACUAUGUAUAUCUAUUCCUGAAGGGCAAUCACAUGUAAAGGAGGAUAUUAGAGGAAGAACAUGGUGGGUAGCACCUGAAUAUUGGGAUAGAGGCUAUAUGACAGAGAAGUUUGACGUUUAUCAGUUCGGAAUACUUCUAAUUGAGCUUUUGAGUGGACAGCAGGCAAGUUACUUAAUGUUGGAGCAUGAAACACUGGAUCUUGGGCAGCUUUGUGUUGAAGAGCUCAUCAAUGCUACUGAUAAUAGAAUAAAAAAUGAAGGAACUUAUAUAACAGAGCAGUUGCUGGAUUUUGCAACACUUAUCCUUAGAUGCAUCUCUUCUGAUGAAGGAAUGCCAACAAUGAUCGAGGUUGCCCAAGAACUCAGGCGAAUUGAUCAGUCUUUUCCAUCACCUUGUUAGCCUAACCUCAUUUGGCUAUACUAUUUCUCAGUAGCUGCAAAAAUCUUGUAUGCGGUAGUAGUAUUUGUAUGCAUGGCUCCACAGACUCUAAGCCACUGAUAUAUGAAACUUAGCCUGGCUGUAAGAUUCUGUUGUUCUAAGAUAAGAAAGACAGUGGGUUGCUCCAAUGGAAAUGUAAACUG